CAUCGAACCUCUAUUCUAAUCACAGCCUCACCCGUUGCCCUCGAGCAAACAGAUCCAGAUCGCAAAAUGCCUCAAUUCUGGGAGGCGAAAGAAGUCCUCGAUCUUUGCUCCGAUCAGCGAUGUGUCGGCAUCGUUCCAUCCACUAGUCGCAAAUGUCGAAGGCCGAUAUCCUGGUUGAACCAGGCACGAAUGAAUAUUCUCUUGAUUGAGAUAUCGUCGCAAUCACCAGACCUAUCGAUCUUGAGGCCGAAGCUGAUGCGUCUCGCGGGGUAUAGCUUAUGCGUGCGAUGCCAGCAAACUCAAAUUGACGGCAUGGUCGAGGAGUGGACGAGGAAGAUACAUGCGGCAUAUCCGGAGAGUGAGACGGCGAGAGUCGCUCCAUCUACGACAUCCCACUCCACUCCUUCAACAACGAUAUCCCGCACCCCAACCCUUGAGUCAACAAGAUCAUCGAGACGAUUAACAGCCACCACGACAAUCUCAUCAAUGCCAUCUCUUCCAUCUCUCCCCGAACUCAUAGCGCUGCAAGAAAGGCUCCGAACAGCACAACGGCGGCUCCAGGAAAUGCGAAAUACGAGAUUUUCAAACGAUAUUCUCUUAGUGUCGCGUGUCUCUAUUUCUGGUCCACCAACUGCUUCUCCAUCAUCACGAUCAAGACAUUGCAACCUUACUCCCGUUCGCCGUCGCUCCUUGGAUGAAGAGUGUUCUAUUUGCUACGACAAUGCUCCACUAUCCCAUACGCCGUCUGAGCUUGUAUGGUGCAAGUUUGGUUGCGGUAGAAGUGUACAUCGAGAAUGUUUCAAGGCAUGGCAGAAUCAGUGCGUAACAAGGAAUAGAGAAGUCACCUGUAUAAUAUGUCGGGAAAAUUGGGUAGAUGGUUGCGAAUGAUGAAGGGAGUAUUCCAAGUGUGGAGAUCUUGAGCUAAGGGUAUCUACUUUCACUGUGGGGAGUUAACUUCAAGAUGUUAAUGCACUCGCACUUUUGGCUUCAAUGUUAAAUACUCUAAUAGUCCUAUUAUUCGAACUCCCCACUUUCGCUUGAUGGUCUUGAUUUUCACCCGUUUUCAUACAUUCUGCA